AUGGGGUCCGCUUACCCCACUAUUGCCACUGACGCACUAGCGCGCUUUCAGACAUGUCUGCUGAACACGUCCCACCCACCUCCCCGCAUCUCCCCCCUCGUCCACCCCAUCAUUGCAGCGGCUGCAAGGCAGGGACGUGACCGCCUGCAAGGCAAGGAGGCGACGUUUGUGACGGGCACGGACGAGCACGGGGAGAAGAUCGAACUGACACGCAAGCAGGUGACGUUUGUGACGGGCACGGACGAGCACGGGGAGAAGAUCGCCCUGGCGGCGGCCAAGAAUGGGCGCACCCCGCAGCAGCACUGCGAUGCUGUUGCUGAGGAGUACAAGCAGCUGUGGAGCAAGCUGCACAUCGCCUAUGAUCGAUUCAUCCGCCGCACCUCUCCCCGCCAUGAACCCGCACUGGACAUUGCCUAUGAUCGGUUCAUCCGAACCACCUCGCCUCGCCACGAGGCAGUGGUGCGGCAGUUCUACGAUCGAGUCAAGGCGAGGGGCGACGUGUACCGGGCGCAGUACGAGGGGCGCUACUGCAUUGCCUGCGAGGAGUAUAAGGACGAGAAGGAGCUAGGGGAUGGCACCACGUGUCCCACGCAUCUGACCUCCUGUGAGCACCGCAGUAAGGCCAGCUUUUCGCCAACCCCCUCUUAUCCUCUCUCUCCUUCCUUCCCUCCUCUGAUUCCACGUGAUGCCAACACCCCUCCCUACCAGGACGAGAAGGAGUUGGUAGAAGGCACCACCUGUCCCAUGCACCUCACUCCCUGUGAGCACCGCAGCGAGGACAACCUCUUCUUUGCGUUGCCUCUCCCUUCCUUCUCUGCUUGCACAUGCUCCCAACUAAUUUCCCACCAGGACGAAGAGGAGUUGGACGAGAAGGAGUUGGUAGAAGGCACCACCUGUCCCACGCACUUAACGCCCUGCGAGCACCGCAGCGAGGACAACCUCUUCUUUGCGCUCUCCUCGCACCAGCAUGACCUGGAGAAGAUUUUCCAAGAAAGACCUGAUUUCGUGCAGCCGAGCUUCAGAAAGAACGAGGUGUUGGCGUGGGUGGCAGAGGGAGCGAGGGAUUUCAGCAUCAGCCGGGCGGCAGUGACAUGGGGCAUUCCCGUGCCAGACGUGCCAGAGCAAACCAUAUACGUGUGGUUCGACGCUCUGCUGGGUGCUGGCGUGGCGUGGGGCAUCCCGGUGCCAGAUGCCUCGGUGCAAACCAUCUAUGUGUCGUUCGACGCGCUGCUGGGGUACAUCUCAGGGCUAUUGGAGGAGGGCGAUGAGCCGAGCCUGGACACGGCACAGCUUUUGAGGCGCCUCAAAAGCCUGGACAUGGCACAGCCGCAACCAUGCCAUGCGUCAUCCCUGCCUCACCCCCCUCCUCUCCUCCGCGUGUACAUCUCAGCGCUGCUGGAGGAGGGCGAUGAGCCAAGCCUAGACACAGCAGUCUCCAGGGGGUGGCCUGCCUCCGUGCACAUCAUAGGCAAGGACAUUCUGCGUUUCCACGCGGUCUACUGGCCAGCCAUGCUCAUGUCUGCCGGCCUGCCGACCCCCACCACCGUCUUUGGCCACGGCUUCCUCACCAAGGCAAGUCAUGCCAUUGCUACCCACACCACACCACACCACACCUUGGACGGGCACAAGAUGGGCAAGUCGGUGGGCAACACAAUCGACCCUGACGAGCUCGUAACAACCUUUGGAGCCGACGCCGACGGGCACAAGAUGGGCAAGUCCCUUGGAAACACUAUCGACCCCGUCGAAUUGGUAACAACCUUUGGGGCGGACGCGGUGCGAUACUUCUUCCUGCGGGAGAUUGAGUUCGGCAGCGACGGGGACUUCUCUAAAGAGCGAUUCGUUAACAUCGUCAACGCAAACCUUGCAAACACCAUUGGCAACCUGGUGAAUCGUACACUGGGUCUGCUCAAGAAGAACUGCAGCAGCACUCUUAGCAUUGACUCCGCUGCUCUGCCUCUCGACCACCCUCUCCGCACCACCACUGCUGCGUCUAUGGCAACGGCAGCAGCGUGCUAUGCUGCUCUGGACUUCAGCGGGGCGUGUGAGGCGAUUCUGGCGCCAGCAGCAGCGGGGAACGGGUUUUUGGAGGAAAGAGCACCUUGGAGCAAGUUCAAGAAGGGAGGGGCAGAUGCGGAAGAGGCGGCUGCGGACCUGGCGGCUGUGUUAAAGAUGGCUCACUGUGUGCUGGUGUUACCAGUGUCAGCGGACCUGGUGGCAGUGUUGGGGGGGUGGCUCGCUGACCUGGUGGCAGUGUUGGAGAUGGCUCGCU